UCCAUAGAAUUCUCUUCUGCCUCCGAUGCAAACAACUUUGUGUCCAAUUCUUUCUUGUCGGAACACAAAUAUUCUGCCACCAUCCCACAGUUUCAGGUCUCCAGAAUGGGAGUUGUAAGGAAUAUCCCGGUAGACUGGACACUAGAAGAACUAGUGUCUAAUAUUCAGUAUCCUCCUGGUUGUGGUAAGGUCGUAAAGGCUAGACGCAUCAACAUGAAAAAGAUUAUCGAUGGGUCCACAUGCUGGAUUCCCUCAACCACUGUGGUUUUAACCUUCCUAGGCCAAUCACUACCGAAAAAAAUCUUUUGUUUCUACACCUCUUUGCCUGUGGACACUUAUCAACUCCCCACGAUCCAGUGCAGAGGCUGCUGCCGUUUUGGGCAUAUAAAAGCUCAAUGCCGUUCAAAGCCUAGAUGCUAUAUGUGCGCUCAACCUCACUAUGGGGAUUCAUGCAACAACAUAGACUCCCCUCCAACAUGCCUUUUUUGUAGUGGUAACCAUAGGGCCACUGACCCCAAAUGUCCUGAACAUUCCAGGCAAAAGGCCAUAAAACUGGUCAUGUCAGAGGAGAGUAUCUCUUACACUGACGCAUCUCAUCGAUUCCCAAUAGUAAAGCGUUCAUUUGCUGAUGUUCUCUCCCAACCUUCAACUUCCUACUCUCAGACAGCCUUGCCCCACGCGGUCCCCUCUUCAUCUACCCCUCCUCCGCACAAUCAAAGCUAUUCUUCCUACCGGAAGACGGUAUAUCGGGAACGACGCACACCCCCAGAUUUAGGUAAAUCUUUUGACGUCCUUGCUCACAGGGAUAUUACAAACACCCCGUCAUCAACUCAACCCAAUGGAUGUGCAUUCCCCAACCCUAAUCUCGAUGACCCCACCCCCCUCCUUACUCCCAACGACAAUCUUAUUGAAUUAUUAAUCUGUUCCCUUGUUAAUCUAGUAUCCAAAUUUUCAGAUGCUCUACCGAACAACGUCAUUACUCUACUACAGCAAUUUAUCGUCACCUUAAUCAAUAAAAAUGGCAGGUCACAAUCUCCUUCAAUGGAACUGUAAAAGCAUCAGAAGAGCUAUGAAGUCAUCCCCAACAAAUGCCCUUCAAAUUGAAUGCGUCGAGGCUCCUCUGCAGCUACGGCGACAAUUUCUGUCAGAUAGGUUAUUUUAAACUUGGAAAUAAAUAAGAACUCUCCAGGAGCUAAUGCAGAGUUCAACAGAAUCUCUGAAAGGAACUGGCCAGGUUGGCUACAUCUUUAUACAGAUGCAUCUAAAAUUUCGGAUUCCGAUAAUGUAGGAGCAGCGGUCUGGAUUCCAAAGUAUAAAAUAAUCCUUAAUUAUAAAUGCCCACCUAAAUGUUCAAUAUUUACAGGUGAGUCUAUUGCCUUACUUGAAGCUGUCACCUUUAUUGAAUCUCAUAAACUGGCGAGAUCAAUUGUGUUUUCAGAUUCUCUUAGUUGCCUUCAGGACAUCAUUAAAAAACCAUUUCACUCAAAGGAUAACUUUUACCUGACUCUCAAAAUUAAGGAAGUUUUAUUUAAAUGCCAACAAUCGGGGAUUGAAGUUAUUUUGGCAUGGAUCCCAAGCCACAGUGGCAUAACAGGAAAUGAAAUCGCUGACCAAUGCGCCAAGGAGGCUAUCCGCACGGGCAGAGAGGUGUAUAACAAAGAAUUUUCUAGAGAUAUUCGUUGUCUUGCUAAACCACAUUUACAUAAAUCAUGGACGGAAAGGUGGAACAAUUCUAGGCUCAUAAAGGGUAAGUAUUAUGGUGGCAUCCAGCCAUUUGUUCCCAUAAAACCAUGGUUUUUUAAAUAUCGCAAUUUCGACAAACCUGUUUGUUCCACCAUAAUCAGACUUCGUUUGGGACACGUGUGUUCGCCUGUUUUCCUGGCAAAGCUUCGUAUCCGCGAUCAUUCCCUGUGUGAAUGUGGAGAAGAGGAGGGUACUCUUGAUCACUUGUUUUUUAAUUGCCCCCGACUGAAUGUUUCCUUAUAUGAUGUACUACCCCCUAAAAUUCCCCGCCCUGUAAAUGUUAACUUUCUCCUCACAUUAGUGUAUACCCCUUUUAUAAAUAUUUUAUCUAGGUUUAUUAAAUAUAAUAACAUAAAACUCUAAUAAUUUUCAUAGUUUAU